AUGCCGUGUCGACUGUUGGCCACCCUCGCGUGGACGCUCCUCGCCCUGACGACGCUGGCGUCGGCGUGGCCGAACUUUCGGCGUCGGGACGUCUUCGACAACGCCGUGGACAGCGGACUGAUCGCACACCUGCGGAAUCUCGGCAGUUCGCUCUACGGAUUCCCGAGCAACGAAACCGGCUUGAAGGUGGCACAGUGGCGCGAGGGUAUGGACGUGAACCCGGAGGAACUGGGCGAGUACGCGGAGGGAGACAUCCUAUUUCCGCCGAGCAUCGGGAGAAACGGUCUCUCGGCGGUUUCCGCCCGGUGGCCCAACGGCGUCAUUCCAUUUAUAAUUAGCCCUUACUUCAACGCGCAGCAGCAGGGAGUUAUAUACGACGCAAUGGACGACUAUCACAAGUACACGUGUAUCAGAUUUAAACCGUACACGGGCGAGGAAAGCGAUUACGUCAGAAUCACGGCUGGUAACACUGGAUGCUGGAGCAGCGUGGGCAGGAUUGGCGGCCGGCAGGACAUAAACCUUCAGGUACCCGGUUGCCUGACGCAGAAGGGCACGGUGAUACACGAGCUGAUGCACGCCGUCGGCUUUUUGCACGAGCACAGCAGAUACGAGCGAGACGAUUACGUGGACAUUCUGUGGGACAAUAUCUCAAAUGGCCACGCGCACAAUUUUAAUAAGGCCCCCCAGGAGAUUACCUACGCCUUCGGUGUCGGUUACGAUUACGGGAGCGUGAUGCACUACUCAUCGACGGCGUUUUCCAGGAACCAUCAAUUAAAAACCAUCGUGCCCAAGAGACAACUGGACGGUGGUAUUUUGGAUCUCAUUGGUGGAAUCUUCCAGGGUAACAACGAGAUAAAGCUCGGCCAGAGAGAAGGCUUCAGCAAGAAAGAUAUUCUGAAGAUCAGGAGGAUGUACAGAUGCGGUCAGCGUACCGGCAUAGUCGGUUACGCCGACGACCAGUACUGAUGAAUGAACAGUUGGCGGUUUAGCAACGUCUUCGGAAUGCGUUAAUACAAGAGAAAUAAAACGAAGAGAAAUAAUAUAAGAGAAAUACACAUCAACAUCCGUGUCGGCUCGCAAAGGCAUAAUUGAGCUAUUUAUGAUUAUUCCUUAUACGAGCCUCAAUUUCUUCAAGUUAAAUUUAGAAGUAAAACGAUUCUUGAUUGGAGCUAAUUAGUAAGAAUUUUCGUGUAAUAAAGUAAUGAGAACAUCUAGUCUUAUAUGCAAACGGUAGCGAUUGUGUCUUUUCAAAAGACAAUACAGCGAGUGUAAACAGUA